AUGCAGAGGAUGACAGCGAAGAUGAUUACGGUGUCUUUGGAGCCUGUUACGCAAAAGGAAGCACUUAUGGUGUCGAAAACUCUUCACAACUUUAUGAUACAAUACAAAAACACAACACCUGAGCUAUUGGAUGCAAUAAGAAAAGUUAGAGAUGAGCUCCAAGUAGACUUGAACUUUAAAGGAAAACAGACAACUAUUGAAUCAUAUUUCAAUAGAGUGUAA